AAACAACCCGGAAGUCAACCUCACUGGUCACGCAUGAGGUUGGCGGGCAGCCGGUUGAGUGUCUGUUAGUUUUUAUCGUUUCCCUUCCCUUACAUUCCUCAAAUUACUUACUAAACUUUUUUUCCCCCAAACAAUUCGCUAAAUAGGCGGAGUCAUUCUCUUUCAGUUUCGUCGGCAAGCGGCAGACAGUCUGAAGUCAUGCCGUCCAGCGCCGGACCCAGCAGCCCCGCCGCUGCUCUCGCUGAGGCGCUCGACAGCUCGGCCCGGCUCGUCGACCGACACCUGCAGGAUGACCGCUGCUUCCCGGACCUGUCGGAGCUGCUCAGCGUUCCCUCACAUAAUAUACCGUCCCUCUCCGGAGUAUCGGACAUGGACUAUCCCCUCCAAGGUCCGGGUUUACUAAGCGUGCCCAACCUGCCGGAGCUCAGCGCCGUGCGCCGAGUCCCGCUCCCGCCGGAGCUGGUAGAGCAAUUCAGCCAUAUGCAGUUCAACUGCAUGAUGGGAGUUUUUCCCGAGAUUUCUCGAGCGUGGCUCACGAUUGACAACGACAUCUUCAUGUGGAAUUAUGAGGACGGGGGAGACGUGGCUUAUUUCGACGGCCUCAUCGAAACCAUUUUGGCAGUCGGGCUGGUGAAACCAAAACAAGGGAUUUUGCAACCUCACAUCCAUUACCUGCUUGUGUUGGCCACAUCUGUGGAUGUUGUAAUCCUGGGACUGAGCUUUCCAAAGGGCCACACUGGGCUGAACGACAGCAUGUCGGGCGGCAUGCAGCUGCUGCCAGACCCCCUCUUCUCCAUCCCCACCGACAACACCUACAUCCUCUCGGUCACCUCCACCGACCUGGGUCGCAUCUUCAUGGCGGGCAAGGACGGCUGCCUGUACGAGAUCGCCUACCAGGCGGAGGCGGGCUGGCUGAGUCAGCGCUGCCGCAAGAUCAACCACUCCAAGAGCUCCUUGUCCUUCCUCGUACCGUCUGUGCUCCAGUUCUCCUUCUCUGAGGACGACCCAAUUGUGCAGAUUGCGGUGGACGACUCGCGCAACACGCUAUUUACACGCUCAGAGAAAGGAGUCCUACAGGUGUAUGACCUGGGCGCUGAUGGACAGUGUAUGAGUCGCGUGGCCACCAUGUCUCAAAGCAGCAUUGUUGCAGCCGCCGGAAACAUUGCCAGGACGAUAGAUCGUUCCGUCUUCAAGCCCAUCGUCCAGAUCUCUGUGAUUAGUAGAUCAGAGUCUUCUGACUGUCACCUGCUUGCUGUGACACACGCAGGUGUACGUCUCUACUUCAGCACUACGCCUUUUGCACCGCCGCAACAAAGGCACACGCCAGCGCGACCGUCCUUGCUCUCUCUGGUUCAUGUCCGCCUACCGCCGGGCUUCUCCGCAUCCUCCACACUGCAGAAACCCGCCAAGGUCCACAAGGCGCUGCACAGUAAAGGUAUUUUGCUGAUGGCGGCUUCUGAGACGGAGGACAACGACCUCCUGUGGUGCAUCAACCAUGACUCAUUCCCCUUCAAGAAGCCCUUGAUGGAGACUCAGAUCAUGUCUAAUAUUGAUGGACACACAUGGGCUAUAAGCGGCAUCAACGAGGAAAGGCCAGCCAGGAUUUGUACUCCCCUGAACACGGACCUCAUCCCCGUCACCGAUUCGCCUGUGGUGGUCAUGCAGCACAACAUCCCCCCACAAAAAUUUGUCCUCCUUUCAGCAAAGGGGAGUCACAUCUUCCAAAAGCUGCGUCCCGUGGAUCAGCUCCGUCACCUGCUGGUGAGCUGUGCGGGAGGCGAGAGCGAGGAGAUCGAACGCUUCUUUAAGCUACACCGGGAGGAGCAGGCUUGCGCCACAGCCUUGAUCCUGGCUUGUUCCAAUGCCGCUUGUGACAGAGAAGUCUCGCAGUGGGCCACCAGAGCUUUCUUCAGAUAUGGAGGAGAAGCACAGAUGAGAUUUCCCGCAGCUAUGUCACCACCCAGCAAUGUUGGACCCAUGAUGAGCUCCCCAGCACCUGGCAUUUUGCCUCCACCGCUGGCCACACCCUUUGGUCCAAUGCACUCUGGGUCUGCCCCCAUUACACCGAUGUCUGUUGGGCCAGAGGUGAUUUUCUCCGGGAAGCACAACGGCAUCUGUGUCUACUUCGCUCGCAUUCUCGGAAACAUUUGGGACGGGAGCCUAGCAGUGGAGAAAACCAUCAGCAAAGGAAAUCAGACUGUCAGUAUUUUGGGAAGCAGCGUUGCUUCGUUUCAUCUGGAGUCGGUCCUUCUAGAGCUCCACGGGUUGAAGGAGUUUCUGGACAAAAACUCUCAGUUCAGUCCAUCCUCUCUGAGCGGCUCAAGCUUCAACUCCCCUGGGAAUCUGCAGCAAAGACUGCUGGGAUUUAUGCGGCCGGAUGGCGCCAGCUCUCAGCAGGUCCAGCAGGAGCUUCAGAGGAAAUAUCACACCAAGGCUCAGGUCUAUGAGAAAGUUUCCUUGCAGAGCAUCCAGGCGCUAGUACACCGCUCCUAUCAGACUCUAGCCCUCUGGAAGCUUCUCUGCGAUCAUCAGUUCAGCCUCAUAAUGUCAGAACUGCCCAAGGAGUUUCAAGAGCAGAUGAAGGGAGCGAGUUUCAAGGAUGUGGUGAUCCGGGGCAAGGAGCUGUCGGGAGCCCUGGUCACGGCGCUCAUUAACGUCUACAUUAAAGAUAACGCCUCUGUGGAUGCCAUCAGCAAUCACCUGCGGGACCUCUGCCCGCUGCUCUACAGCACCGACGACAGCGUCUGCUCCAAGGCUAACGAGUUGUUGCAGAGCUCCAAGCAGAUCCAGAGCAAAGUCGAUAAAGAGAGAACCCUGAGAGAGUCACUUCGUCUCUACCAGCAAAUCAGUCAGCACACUGACCUACCACUGGUUUGCUCCCAGUACAGACAAGUGCGUUUCUAUGAGGGUGUGCUCGAGCUGUGCCUCACGGCGGCUGACAAGAAGGACCCCCAGAGGCUGGGUCCCCAUUUUUACAAAAAUGGAGAGCCUGAGGAGGACCAGGCGGGACAGCUGGCCUUCCAAGAAAGGCUAUUGUGUUACAAAUGCAUCACGGACACCAUGCAGGAGCUGGUGAACCAAAGCAAAGCGGCCCCUCAGUCCCCCAGCGUCCCAAAACAGCCGGGGCCUCCCGUCCUCACCUCGGAUCCUAACAUGCUGAGUAAUGAGGAAGCGACAGCCCAUUUUGAGCAGAUCUUCGGUCUGGCCCAGAGGUCCCAAGACGAGCUGUUUCAUAUUGCCCUGUAUAACUGGCUCAUCCAGGCUGAUCUGGCGGACAAGCUGCUAGAGGUGAAUUCGCCAUACCUGGAAGAGCAUCUCAUGCAUAUGAUCAAGCAGGAUCAGAGCAAGGUACACAACAUGGACCUGCUGUGGCGCUACUACGAAAAGAACCGCAACUUUGGCAAGGCAGCCCACGUUCUGGCCCGCCUCGCCGACAUGCACAGCACUGAGAUCUCCCUCAAGCAGCGCCUGGAGUACUUGGCCCGGGCCAUCCUGUCUGCUAAGAGCUCCUCCUCCAUCUCCGCUCAGGCGGCAGAUGGCGAGUUCCUCCAUGAGCUGGAGGAGAAGAUGGAGCUGGUACGUAUCCAAGUCCAGAUUCAGGAGACACUGAUGCGACAGUACUCCAAUCAUCCUUCUGUGAAAAACGCCAUCUCUCAGUUGGAUUCAGAUCUCAUGGACAUCACCAAGCUCUACGGGGAAUACGCUGACCACUUCAAACUGUCCGAGUGCAAGCUGGCCAUCAUUCACUGCGCGGGACACUCUGACCCGAUCCUGGUGCACUCGCUGUGGCAGGAAAUCAUAGAGAAAGAAUUGGCAGACACGGUGGCUAUGAGUCCAGUGGACAGGAUGAGAUCCCUCAGUUUGAAGCUGGUGUCGCUGGGCAGGAUCUAUGCGGGAACGCCGCGAUAUUUUCCAUUAGAAUUCCUGGUGAAGUAUCUGGAGCAGGAGGUGUGCCGCCUCAACUGGGACGUGGGCUUCGUCACGUCCACCAUGCAGGAGAUCGGGGUGCAGCUGCCGCGCCUUCUGGAGGUCUACGACCAGCUUUUCAAAUCCAGGGAUCCUUACUGGCAGCGUCUGAAGAAGCCUCUGCACUUGGUGGAGUGCAUCCACGUGCUUCUGUCGGGUUACGUGGACGACCCCAGUAGAGUGCCCACGUAUGACAGACGCCGCUUCACCAACGUGUGUCUGGACAACAUCUGCGGCUACCUGGUGGAGCUGCAGUCCCUCAGCCCCAACGCCACACUCCAGCACACCAUCGGCAACUUUAAGUCUCUGCAGGCCAAACUGGAUAAACUUCACUGACGUUCGCCGCGCUCCCUCUGUUGCCUUUAAUCGCUUAGCUGGUAAAUCUGUCACAUUUGUACGAUGGAGACGGGAUUCAGGUAUCAGUCAGCGUUAUACAAUACUCACAAAAGGUUAGAGGUGAAAUAGCAGAAUGAAACCUAAAUGAACAGUUGGACAUGUGAAUUCAAAAGUUUAGAGAAGGUCGAAUUGAGUUCGGCUGUAAAGUGUAUAGUGCAAUUUAGGUUCAUCCUGAAAUUUCUCCCCAAAGCCAAAGAUUCCUCACUUUUUGUGAGUAAGUAGUAUAUCUUAUUUUUUAGUAAUAUGCCAAGUAUGACUAUUCAUGACACCACAGUGCAAGGAUAGUACCGUAAGGAGACUGAAGAAGCAGGUUUAACUUAUUUAAUGCUUAAUCGUGUUCCAAAACACAACAUUGAAAAGGUUGUAAAUAUAGUACAUGUACUCCUAUGCUUUUACAAGAGAAGACAGACAGACAUCAUCACCUUUUUUUUUUUUUUUUUUUUUUUUUGGACAAUGUACAUAAAACCAAUUUGAAUAUUUUUAUAAUGUGUUCAUGAGGCUGUUUUUCCACUUUUCGGCACAGUUGCCUCCAGCCUUGCUAUUGCCCGCCGCGCAACUAGCUGCCUUAAAAUGGCGGCUGCGUUGUUCGUAAUGUGAUGUCGCAGAGGGAUGUCACGUCUUUGUGUUCAUGCAAUUACGUUUAAUUAAAAACGGCACUCAAGGCCUUCCCGUACAGUCAUCACAAAAGGGAACGCUUAAAUGGUUGUUGUCUUUUCCUUCCAAUUAGUGUAAGCGCUUUGAUAUUUUAGCCUGGUGGAAAUAAAGAAGUUUGGACUUGA